AUGAGGAUCGCCAUCCGCGAGCAGCUCGCCACCCUCGUCAUCGUCGCCGUCCUCGUCUCCCUCGCCAUCGUCGCCGUGCCCACGUGGAUCUACGUUCACAACUUCGUCGUCGACGUCGAAUCCGACGCCCUGCUCCUCACCGCCUCCCUCAAGGCCGCCAGGAUCUCGUCCGAGCUCCAGCUCACCGAGACGCUCUGCAAGAGCAUCGCCUCCCGCAUCCUCCUGCAGGAGUCCCUCGUCAACUUCUACAAUGCCAACUCGACGGAUCCCUUCGGGCUCGCCGAGGCCGAUCUCGAGGGCGCCAUGAGCACCGGCGGUCCCACCGGUCUCUACCAGGCGAAGCUCUACUCCCGCAACUCGACGGGCAAUCCCAACGGCCUCCUCUUCGUCUCGGGAAACGGCCUCGGCAACCAGACCAAGAACAUCGAGCUCCCCUACCUCACGCCCGACGGCGCGAGGGCCAACCUCAGCGACACCCCCUACGGCUACCCUCCCUCCCUCUACCCCAACAUCACCUAUCUGAACCUCGGAUACCCGAACCCGUUCGAGCCCUCGACGCCGGCCUACGCCGCCAUCGCCUUCCCCGACGUCUGGCUGAGCACCAACGGCGGCCUCAUCCUCGGCCCCCUGGUCAUCAACGAGUCCUUUGCCCUCAUCUCCAUGACCAUCCCCAUCCGCUCCCUCCGCAUCUCGAGGUUCAUCCUCGGCUACCUGACCGUCAUCGCCUCGGCCAACUCCCUCAUCGCCGUCCAGUCCUCGCGUGAGGGCUUGGGCAACACCGGCAUGGUCCUCCUCCUCGGGCCCGCCAAUCCCUGGGGCAGGUUCAACGCGAGCCUGCCGCCGACCAACGACACCUACUCGCCCCCGUACGACGACUUCGCCCAAUCCUCGGUCCGCUUCCUCCUUCCCCCGGUCCCCAACCGAGCCCAGGCGGAUCGUCACAUGAAUCGCAGCUUCGGUGACGGCGGAUUCUCCACCCAGUUUCCUCUGUCGCAGUACCCGGCCCUUCUCGACGACUAUUACCAGAACAGCUCCCAGCCCAACCACGCCGACUCCAUCCUGUCCGCCACCAACGAGGAGGGCGUUCCCGUCGCCGUCGGCGUCGCCCGUCCCCAGUCGACCCUCGUCGACUGGGCAGUCGUCGUCGAAAAGGCCGAGGACGAGGCCUACGACCCCAUCAUCAUCCUGAGGAGGAUCCUCCUCGGCUGCGUCUUCGGCACCGCCGGCGUCAUCAUCCUCCUCGUCAUACCCUGCGCCCACCUCAGCGUCCAGCCCAUCCGACGCCUCAAGUACGCGACCGAAAAGUCCAUAUCUCCUCCCGGCUACGAGGACAGCUUCGACGACGACUAUGACGAGGAGAACCCGAGCUCGGGCACCUACUCCCAAAAGUCCAAGAAGGGCCUCUUCGCCACCAUCCGGCGCAGGUUCGAGAAGCGGCAGAGGACCGUCGCCACGGCCGAGGUCGAGGCCGAGGCCCGCCGCCACACCUUCAAGAUUCCCGGCCGGGUCGAGGAUCGGAAGCACUUCAUCACCGACGAGCUGACCGAGCUCACGCAGACCUUCAACGAGAUGACGGACGAGCUGCUGAAGCAGUACACCUCGCUCGACGAGAAGGUGGCCGAGCGGACCCGCGAGCUGGAGAUCAGCAAGAAGGCGGCCGAGGCGGCCAACGAGAGCAAGACGCUCUUCAUCGCCAACAUAUCCCACGAGCUGAAGACGCCCCUCAACGGCAUCAUGGGCAUGUGCGCCGUCUGCAUGGAGGAGGACGACAUCGAGCGCAUCAAGCAGUCCCUCAAGACCCUCUACAGAUCCGGUGACCUCUUGCUCCACCUUCUGGAGGAUCUUCUCAGCUUCUCGAAAAACCAGAUCGGCCAGCAGGUCAGCCUCGAGCAGAAGGAGUUUAGCCUGAGCUACAUCAAGUCGCAGAUGCUGUCCAUCUUCGACAAGCAGGUGCGCGAGAGCAUGAUCUCCUUCAGCGUCACCUUUGUCAGUACCGAUCACGGCGACGCCGACUCCGGCACCGACCUGCACUACCAGCUGGAAAAGACGUUGCCUGCGCUGGGGCCGCCGGGCAUGGGCCGUCUCAAAGACAUGUGCCUGUGGGGGGACCAGCACAGGAUCCUGCAGGUCCUCAUCAACUUGGUCAGCAACAGCCUCAAGUUCACGCCCGUCGGGGGCCGCGUCGAGCUGAGGAUCAAGUGCAUCGGCGAGUUGGACCAGGUCGGGAACGAGGGCAGCAGAUCCUCCUCCUUCGGCACCACCUCAGUCGGACGGAGUCGCCAUCGUAACAGCGGCGGCUCGACGCGUUCGGCGAGCUCGAAGACGACGAACACGACGCCGACGCCGAUGAAAGGGGGAACCGCUUUGUCCAUCAACCCCUUGGACUCAAGACCCACGCCUCACAUUCGCGUCAGGGAGAGGUCACCAACCCCGCCACCUGCCAACGCGAAGCUCUUCAUGUUCGAGUUUGAGGUCGAGGACACCGGCCCCGGCAUCCCCGAGCACAUGCAGGACAAGAUAUUCGAGCCUUUUGUCCAGGGCGACCUGGGACUGAGCAAAAAGUUCGGCGGCACCGGCCUCGGUCUCAGCAUAUGCUCGCAGCUGGCCAAGCUGAUGGGCGGCUCCAUCGACCUCAAGAGCACCGUCGACGUCGGAUCGACCUUUACGAUGCGCAUCCCUAUAAAGUACGUCAAGGACUGCGCGGCGAGCACGACGUCGAGCAGCACCAAAUCGAGGCCGCCGAGCUUCGCCUCGACCGACGGCGAUGGCCAACGCGUCUCGGUCACCAAGCCGGCCCCGGUCCAAAAGGCCAACGGAAAGGCCAACGGCAAGCCGAACAGCAAAACCAACGUGCUGGACAAGCAGCCUCGUCUGGUUGGUCUGAGCGCCCCGUUCUUCGGCACAACGCCGAAUUCCGUCCACAACAAGGGCUACAAGACGGUGGCCAUCGACAAGACCAUGGCGAACGGGACCGGCGACGCCAAGUUUCGUGUCCUCGUCGCCGACGACAACUCGGUCAACGUCGAGGUCGUCAGCAGGAUGCUCAAGCUCGAGGACGUCUACGACGUGACCAUCGCCAAGGAUGGCCAAGAAGCUUACGAGCUCGUCAAGGCGGACAUGGAAAAGAACCAGACGUUUGACGUCAUCUUCAUGGACAUCCAGAUGCCCAACCUCGACGGCCUGCAGUCCACCCGACUCAUUCGCAAGAUGGGGUACAUGGCGCCUAUCGUUGCUCUCACGGCCUUUUCAGAAGAGAGCAACAUCAAGGAGUGCAUAGAAUCAGGCAUGAACGAGUUUUUGAGCAAGCCAAUUCGACGGCCGGCGCUCAAGCAAGUCUUGAAAAAGUUUGCGACGAUUAUAGAGGAGCCCGAGCUCACUAGCCCGGUGGAUGCUGUGCUGCCGGAUCCACCGCCUCCCACGGCCGAACCGGUGGCCACUUGA